CGCAUGCGUGCUUCAAUCAGAGCCAAACUACAGCGACGCAGUUUCAACUUUUGAACUUUAUUUCUUAAAUGAAAGUGUCGCACACAACUUCUGAAGUUCACCGAGGACUGUUAACGUUUAACGGGGACCUGAACACCAGAGUCGGGUCAGGAAAUAAGGGAUUAAAGGACUUUUGUUGAAGCAGGAAGAUAAUGGUCGCUGGCGGACUCGAAUAACGACAGAGUAAACCAGCAACACACACACACACACACACACACACUCAUACACACACAGUGAGGAGACCAUGUGGUGGUUCCAGCAGGGUCUGUGUUUCCUGCCUGCAGCGCUGGUCAUCUGGACGACAGCGUCCUUCGUCUUCGCUUACAUCACAGCAGUGGUGCUGAGACAUGUGGAUCCUCUGGUGCCUUACAUCAGUGACACAGGAGCGAUGGCACCUGAGAGGUGUAUAUUCGGCAUCAUGCUGGAUGUGUCAGCCUUUUUAGGUAUGGCCACAGUGUACGUGCGUUACAAACAGGUGGAGGCUCUGACAGAUGAAGGCGAGCUCAAACUGAACAGACUGAACUGCUUCGGGCUGGUGCUUGGCUUGAUCAGCUCCUUUGGGAUGUGUGUGGUCGCCAACUUCCAGAAGACCACGCUGUUCUCGAUGCACCUGGUGGGCGCGGUGCUGACCUUCGGGGUUGGGGCUCUCCACAUCCUGGUUCAGACGCUGCUCUCGCUCCUCAUGCAGCCUCACAUCCACAGUAAGACCAUCUUCCUUGUCCGCCUCGGCAUCGGAGUCUGGACCCUGAGCAGCAUCAUCAGCAUGUUCAUAUCAUCAGUCAUUAUGUACAGCAGCCUUCCAGGAGUGGACGUACCUAAAAAACUGCACUGGAUCCCUGGAGAGACGGGUUACACGGCUCACAUUAUCAGCACUGUGUCUGAGUGGUCUCUUGCUCUCUCCUUCAUCAGCUUCUUCCUCACCUACAUCAGAGACUUUCAGAAAAUAACUUUGCGAGCAGAGGCAGAUUUGCAGAGCAGCCACCUGUACGACAACUGGCCACCCGGUGGCAUCACAGCAUCAAAUCACAACCAUGACACUUUGGAGUCGUCUCCACUGCUGGCAGGAGGAACGUGACUGGCUGCAGAGCAUCUCACUGCUUUUAAACCAAUUUCCACUUUUUCUAAACACGUUUAAAGGCUUUUUAUAAGGACUUUUUUAAAGCUGGUGUGGUGGCUCUGAAAGGGUCAGUACACUCAAAAACAUACUCUCUCUUCCCUCUAGUGGCAUCUGUCAAGUCAAAUAGUUUGAGUUUUUAUAUGUCCAAGUUUGGAGAUUUCUGCCUCCACCCCAGUAGCUUCUUUGCAUAUGACGUCAUAUGUCAGUGCACUGUCCAGAUGGAGGGCAGGCAACUGAAGGCAAAGACUACCAACACUGCGCAAAUGCUUAUGAUCUGCGCUGUUUAUGGCUGAUCCAAUCAAUCAGAUCAGGACAAAACAAAGGCUACUUUUAGUCUUUAAAAUAGGAGGACAUACAGGUGAGAAUUAGAAGAAAAUACCAAAAAGUCCCCGAGAAACAGCAGCAAAUGGGGGAUCAAAAACUUUUGUCUUCAGUCUGGAGCACAGUCAACUUAUUUCAAAUGUUAACAUUAAAGCAUGUUAAAUGUGUCAUGUUGGAUGCAGUUAGAAAAUGUUGUGACACCCUCUCCGUGUUUUUAGCCACGACCCAGAUUUUUAACAGCGUUUCACCAGACCUCUAGAAACAGUUGACCGAGCAGGUAGAAAAUAGUAGCUUAAGUUAGCUAACAUUAGCCAAUACCGUUGCUUAGUAACGUAGCCUGACAGUAGCGCAUCCAUGUCCAGAGUUGAAAUGUAAAAGACAGUUAUAAUCAAAACACAUUUACUCACCCUGUACUGUAACGUUUGGAGGUGUGGAGGACGAGGUCAUUUGUAAUGUCGACCCUUCACCCUUCAAACGUGACAGCUGAAAUAUUCAACAUUAACAUUUCUUUCAAUAACAGAGUUCCUGAUACUCUGGAUACCGCACAGAGCAAACGAGAGACAAACCAAACUGACUGACUGGAGAGAUAAUACGAAGGGGAAGAGACAGAUUUGCUGUUUU